CUCAAUCCCAACCAUCUUCCUGCUAAGUGCUCACAAAAAAAGCUUUCACCUGUGAGAGAACUUGCUCACAAUAUUCCAAGAGAGAGAGAAAGAGAGAGUAGUACAGUAGAACAAGAAAGAAGAAGAAGAAAAAAAAUGGAGGGGAAAGAAGAGGAUGUGAAGCUUGGAGCAAACAAGUUCUCAGAGAGGCAACCCAUAGGGACAUCAGCACAGACAGACAAGGACUACAAGGAGCCACCACCAGCACCAUUGUUUGAGCCUGGUGAGCUCCACUCCUGGUCUUUCUGGAGAGCUGGGAUUGCUGAGUUCAUAGCCACCUUCUUGUUCCUCUACAUCACCAUCCUCACUGUCAUGGGUUACUCUAGGACCACCAACAAGUGUGCCUCUGUGGGUGUUCAGGGCAUUGCUUGGGCCUUCGGUGGUAUGAUCUUUGCCCUUGUUUACUGCACUGCUGGUAUCUCAGGUGGGCACAUAAACCCAGCAGUGACAUUUGGUCUCUUCCUUGCAAGGAAACUUUCCUUGACAAGAGCAGUAUUCUACAUAGUGAUGCAAUGCCUUGGUGCCAUUUGCGGCGCAGGCGUGGUGAAAGGCUUUGAAAAGGGACUGUAUGAAAAUUCUGGUGGUGGAGCCAACGUAGUGAACCAUGGCUACACCAAGGGGGAUGGCCUUGGUGCUGAGAUCAUUGGAACUUUUGUUCUUGUCUACACCGUUUUCUCGGCAACUGAUGCUAAGAGAAAUGCUAGAGACUCCCAUGUCCCUAUCUUGGCUCCACUCCCAAUUGGAUUUGCAGUGUUUUUGGUGCACUUGGCAACCAUUCCCAUUACUGGAACCGGCAUCAACCCUGCCAGGAGCCUUGGGGCCGCCAUCAUCUACAACAAAGACCACGCAUGGGAUGACCAUUGGAUCUUCUGGGUGGGACCAUUCAUCGGAGCUGCACUUGCUGCCCUUUACCACCAAAUAGUCAUCAGAGCCAUCCCAUUCAAGUCCAGAGCCUGAGAAAUUAUUCAUCUUGCAUUUCAUCGUUAAUCUUUUGUCUUGUUAAUACCAGUGUUGUGUUGGAUUCUUCUUUUCUAUGUUAGUGUUGAGAUUGGAAUUGAUGUGUUGGUUUUGUGCAUAAGAUUUCUUCGCUUUGUAACAAUGGGCAUCUUUUUCUGAAUUAGUGUUUGACUACCAAUUUUAUUAGCUAGACAUUUUAUUUGUGGGACCUUUUUUUUAAUGAAUGCACUGGUUAGAACUUUCUUUUA